GAGGAUCAGUGUACCGCGUAACGUCGUCGAACGUGCGUCGUCCGCGUGCCGUCGCCGUCGCCGUCGCCGUCCAAUUCCCCUCCUUUUUGUAUCGCGCUUCAACCUCUGUCGCGAUCGAGACAUGUGACGGGAACUUGAAUUUGAAAGAUGACGGGUGAAUCGUUGGCGGCGAUCACGUAGCAAGUGGUAAACGCGAGCCUGUGCCUCGAACGUAUAAUAUCAGUUCGAACUUUCGCCCGUAGUCGAAGCGACUUUUCCACGAAUCGUUCAACGCGUUCCCACCGUGUCGAAACUUUUAAUCGAGCCCCGCCUGAAUCUCGGGAGGGGGGCAAGAAUCGAGGCGGAAACACCCCCCUCCUCCACCUCCUCCUCUCCCCUACUCUUACUCGAGGAACAAUCAAAAACCCUCCCGCCGAGGAAAUCGUCCCUCCUGAUAAUUUCUCCACGAAUCGUCUCUCGAAUCUCGUUUCCAAAAGGGAGGAAAAAGUGAACCAAAGAAAACUACUCCAAGUGUUCACCUCGAGAAGAAGAAGAAGAAGAAGAGAAACUAUGAAUUGAAAGUGGAUCGAUAAAAGAAAUUCCCAAGGCGGAGGAGACGAGUUCGUUGUGCUUUUUUUUUUUUUUCUUUUUAAAAAAUAGAGACUGUACAUCGGAGAUAAUAAUAAAGGAAGAGAAACAGAGACAGGAAGAUUUUUACGAGCGAAGGAAGGAGUUGGUCGGAAAGGUUUUCGGAGAGGAAAUCGUGGAAGGAAUUGCUCGAAGGAUGUCGGAUAAUUCUCUACGCCGGAAGACGAGGUCGGCCUCGAUCUGCGCCCCUGGAUUCUCCAGCAUGGAGCAAAUGUUGGAGGCGAUGCCUCCCUCGGGCGCCAGGGAGAGGGACAAAGUGGACAGGGAGAAGGACAGUGGGAGCGGUACUCCCGACGGAAGUACGCCGACCAGGAGGCGCAGACCGGCGACCAGGUCUCAGAGUGCUCGUGUUUCCGGCGCGAAUAAGAGCAUCCGUCGUCGAGCGGCCGCUCAAGCUGCGCACCAUCACCAUCACCAUCACGAAGGAACGGUCAAGUCCGCCCAUUGCAGCAGCGAGCCCAGGUUGACCGACAAUGACAUCAGCCCCGGCCUCAGGAGAAGGGGGAGUCGAAGAGGACAAAGUAUGCAUCACAGCCAUCACAGGAAGAGCAACGCGUUUCUCGACGUUCCUGACACCUCGUCUCAGAUGCCCUCGAGGGAAGAGGGGGAGGACGAGGACAGUUACAGGCUCAGAAGCUUCAGUCUCACCAGCAAGGGUAUCAUCAACAGGGGCGAUUCGUUCAGAAGAAGAAGAUCAAGAUCGAACUCGCUCGCACCCACGGAUCCCGAAGGCGAGGAAAAGAAUUCGGUUCCCGCGAAAGAGAUCACCUCGUACACGGUGGCGAUACUCGGGGCGAGGGGUGUCGGGAAAACCGCCCUGAUCAGCCAAUUUAUGACCAGCGAAUGUAUAAACGCGUACGACAGGCAAAGAGACGUACCCAGCGAGCAAUCCGUUUUCGUCAUGCUGAACGGCGAGGAGAGCGAGCUCAGAUUCCUCAACAUCUCGAACCCGAAGACGGAAUUGGAGAAGAAUCUGGAUGCCUUUGUCAUUAUGUAUUCCGUGAUUGAUAAGGCAUCCUUUCAGAGAGCGGAAGAAUACCUGGAACGUCUCCACGACCAGGAUUUCCAUCGAGGAAAAUCGACUAUAUUGGUCGGUAACAAAGUGGAUCUGGUUCGAUCAAGGGUAGUCUCUUCCCAAGAUGGCAAGUGCAUGGCGUGCACCUAUCGGGUGAAGUUCAUCGAGGUCUCGGUCGGGAUCAACCACAACGUGGACCAUCUGCUGGUCGGCAUCCUGAAUCAGAUCCGUCUGAAGAACAGCAGCAACGUGUCGGAGAAUCGGGGCGGAAACGGAACCAGCAACGAGGGUGGCGGCGGCCACUGGUACAAGUCGAGGGGUGUGGUUCGAGCGAGCAUGAAGGCCAGACAGAUGUUGACGUGGCUGUUCGGCAAGGAGGACAGCAAGUUCAAGAACUGCGAGAACCUUCACGUCCUCUAAGGAUCGAUCUACUCGAUUCUUUCUUUCUCUCUCUCUCUCUUUUUCUUUUUUUUUAAUUCGUGGUCGUACCUGAGGACGUAGAGUUGUAAGAUCGGUCUACCAACGAUAUCAUCAUCAUCCUCGAAGAUAUGCUUGAUAUACUUCCAGAAAGAAAAUGCAAACGAAAUCUCGUUUGCUUGCCAGGGAUCGGUAUGAUUGGAAUUUGAUCCGGUGGAAGAGGGAGGGUGAGAUUGAAUUUCGUUCAAAGGGGGUGGUAGUAGGGUAGCAGUCGGAUGGCCAAUUUGAUUAUUAAAUAUUCAUGGAGAGGAUGUUCCUUUUGUUUCGUGGGCAGACUUGGUGAGAGAAAAACAAUUCCAUGCUUAUAUUUCUUUUAUUUCGAAUGGAGAAAUUUUUAGAUUGUUCAAGGAUUUGAAAUUAAUAAUGUCUGGAUUUUUAUUUCGAAUCGAAUUGAAAAUUGAAAAUAUUUGGUUUGAGAAACUUGUUAUGGCGUGUUGUAAAUAAUAAGAUUGUUAAUAAGUAUGCGUAAAUAUGAUACAGAAUUUUUUUUCAUAUUUUUCGAAGUUAAUUUUGUCUUCUUUUGUUGUUACGAAUUCGACAAAUUGGCCAUUCAAUAAUCUGGUUUGAAAAUCUGGAAAAUAUCUGGAGUGCGAUCAAAGUGCCAAUUAGAUCAAACGAACGUUUGUUUCUCGAUGAUUAAUUUUUAAUUAAUGUUAGCUUUUUAAUAACUUCCAUCGAGGAUUCGCCCGAUACCUCGAUCGUAAUAUCUAUAAGAAUAAGUUUGUCAAGUCGCCUGUGUUGUUGGUAUUCGUUAUAAGCAUACGCAAGACAAAUAUUUACAUGUUUGGUGGUUUCUUCGAGGCAAAAUUUAAUGUACACACGAUUUGAUUAAUCCUUUGAAUAAUUCUUUUAUUUGUACAUUCUUAUUAUUAUUACUAGAAAGUCACUUCCUUCGUAAAAUAUUCAUUUAUAUUUCUACGUUUGACAAACGUGAGAAUUGCGAAUUGCGAAAAUUGUGAAAAUAAGAAAGAAUAAUGGGUAAAUGUAAAUUAUUUAAUUAUUGCCCGGUCAUUUCUUUUGUAUUCGAUUUCAAUGAAAAAUUACAAUUUCAAUAAUGGCUAUUCUGGUAGGCCAGAAGAAAUCUGAAAGAGGCGAGAAUCGAAAGAAAAGUAGUUGAAGGAUUAAUCGAAAGGAGGAACCCUUCUGUAAGAAAAAAGAUUAAAAAAAUAUAUAUAUAUAUAUAUCUAUAAGGGAGAAGACGAGAAGGAGUUGAAAUCUAGUCGAUACGAAAGAAUUUAAAUUGGACCAUGGCAUGAAUUAGCGGCCAAUAAUGUUAACUGUCGUUACUUGUACAAUAAGACCAAUCUAAUCUUCUUAAUCCGAAUUGUAUAUACUGAUAAGUUUAACGAUAACAGAUCUGUGUAUCUAUAUAAGAGGAAAGGGAAGAAAAAGAUGAGAAGAAGGACAAAAAAAAAAUGGGAAAGGAGAAGUUAGAUACGUGUGUUAUAUUAUUAUAAAUAUAAAAAUAAAAAUGCACUCCCUUUUAGAAGACUCAGGACACUUUUUCUUAUUUAAUUUUUUGAUAUUCCAUAUGAAUCAUGAAUUUUAAUAAAAGUAUCAAAAUAUUGAUUGAUCGAAUAGAGAUUUUUAUGAUACAAUGUGAAUAUGAAUUGUAAUUUUCUCUUAAAAACGAUGUACUAACUGAUAAAAAGCUCGACGUUGAUAAUGACAGAUGCAAUAAAUGUCCAAAGACUUUUAAGCGGGAGUGUAUAUGUCUACACGCAUAUACAUAUAAUUAUAUUCCUAAUGUACGAUCAAGCAUAAGUCUACGUUAGUUUUGUGUAGAUGUAUCGUUAAACGAUUGACGUGUUGCUGUAUUGCGUGUUUUCCUUAAAAAAGAACGGGUACUAUAAAGAAUAUUCCUUUUUUUCGGGAGACAUUUUACUAAGAAAAAGAACAUAUGUACACAUAUGCGCGCACACAUAUAUAUAUAAAUUAUAUAUACACAUAUAUUAUCCAUUGUCUAUUUUCUGCGAUCUCUACGCCUAUAUAUAUCCGAAUUACAUAUGUAUAAAUAUAUAUAUAUAUACGUAUAUAUAGGGUGUCAGGAAAAAAGAUGGUUCAAGAAUCUACUCGUGUAAUUUUACUAAUCAACUCUUUUGGAAAAAAACAACAACUUUUUGUUAUUAUUAUUAUUAUUAAUUUUAUUUAUUGUACGCCAUCUUUUGUAAAUAGCUACAUAUGAUAAAAUAAUAAAAUUCUUUUGUGUACAUAGUUCUUCAUAAUUUUUCAUUUUUUAUCCUUUGUUAUGUUACUUUCUGUUUUUUCUCUUUCUUUUCUCUUAUUUUUUUUUUAAAUUAAAAGUAAAUUAAAUACAUCAGCAUUCUUGAACCAGAUUUCUUGAACACUUUAUGUAUCUAAAACAGUGUUGUAACAAGUAUAGUUCGAGCGGGAUAUCCAUCUCAGGGGCCAAGCUGCAAGGCUGUAGAAUAAAAAGAAAAUAGAAACGAAGUGGUUCAUACGUUUAAAUAAAAAUUGAAACAAUUUAUAACCUAUUCUAAGAAAUGUGUAACAUUGGAAACAAUCGAGAAACAAUAACAAGUGAUAUUAAUUCAUAAAAAAAAAGAAAAGUAGUUAUAGGGAACAAUAUUACAUUUUCUAAAAAUGAUUUAAAGUGUAAUUAAAUCGUGUUUCGAAACGAGAUAUUAAAAAUUUUACUACGUGUUAUAAUAUUAAAUGUGCUAUGCAAUCGUUUCAAAGUGAAAUUAGUGAAGUCAAUGAGAUUUCAAGUUUGGUUAAUUUAACAGAUGGAAAAUAUUAGGUUAGAAAAAGACAAACUUUCGAGUCGACGAAAAUUUGGAUGAAAUUCGAGAUAUUAAGUUUGACAAGAACGAGUAAAAGAAAUUCUUAUCUUAAUAAUUCAUAAUCUUCUUCCAUCUAAGAAGAAUAAUUUGAAAUGAAAAAUAAAUUUGAUGAUUAAUUUUUUAUUAUCCGAGUAAUUGAACUCGCGAACGAAAGAUUGUGAAAAUCAAUAGCAAUAUAAUCGUAAAUCUUGAAAGUAGAAUAAGAAUCAAAUUGAAUGUGAAAUUAAAUCAAAAUAAAAAUCAAAGGAAAUUAUGUGAUAUAAGAAAUAUUAUAUAUCCUCACAGAUCGCGAGGCUAUCUUCUUACAGCACUGUAAAAAAAAAAAAAAAAAAAAAAGAAAUUAAAAGCAAGAAUGGCGAAAGAAAAAAGAGAAGAACGUAAAAUUAAAAACGAAAAAAGUUGUAAAUUUAAAUGAAAAUUAUUCCUUUGUCGAUAAACUUUGUUCGAAAAUGGCGACAUUGUUAUCGACCGUUUAAUUUCCGUUUAAUAUCAAUUGCGAAACGAACCAAAGUAUUGUCGGUUUGCAUCAUCGUUGCUAGUAUUUUUGAAUUAAUUUAAUUAAAAAAAAAAAAAAGGAACCAAAAGAUCGAAUUCUAUAGAAGCAUGACUCGAACAAGGAUGAAGAGAGAGAGAGAGAGAGAGAGAGAGGAAAAGAAAAAGGAAUUCUUAUCAAGUGCCUUUGUGUAUUUUUGUAAUUUAAGCUAAAAACUACUCGAUGUAAGUCUUAACUCAAAAAAAAAAAAAAAAAAAAAAAAUGUAACCAUGAAAAGUUAUAUCGAUGCAAACGCAUGCUCUUACUAGUUUUUGAUAAUUCGUUGUAAAUCAUACCGUGCUUAUAAACUUUAUAUCUAUUCUUUUUUUUUUAUCUAUUUCUUCAUUUCCACGAUCGAACCUCCAUAACUCUCGAAAACUCGAGAUUAUAAUUUCCAUUUCUUUUAAAAAAAUCUUUACAAAAAAGAGCAUGAAUCUGUCCAUUUUAAUUGAAAUUAUACUCCGCUACUCUCUCUAGAUUGCAUGGAUAACGAGGCUAUGGGAUAAUUUUCCCGUAAAAAAAAAAAAAAA